AUCCACAUAGCUUGUUUGCGAGUGAGUGGCUUCCUCCGUUCACAUCCUUGUUUCCUGGAAUCCAAGUGGUGAGAUUCGCAGCAAGAGUUUUUCAAGGAAUCCACAUACCAUGCCUCCAAAGCGACCGCCGCCGCCGCCGCUUGCCGCCAGCGCCGCCAGUGACGAGGAGGAAGACGGCGCCGCCAAGAAGAAGCUCAGGACGAGGGGAGUUCUAGUCCUUCCGCUGCCGGCGGCGGCUCCCACACUCACGGCCACACCACCACCGUCUUCUUCUUCUUCCACUUCUGCCGAUGUCAUUGGGUACGCAGUAGCUAAAAAUCUGAAGUUCCGGACUUACAUUGCCGCCUCCUACUGGCUCGAGCAAGGCUGCCCCCGGAUGGACUUCCUCACCACUCUCGGCCUCCACAGCCUCGCGGAUGUCAAGUGGAACGUCACCUGCGUCUCGCUUGUCCGGGAGUUCGUGGCCAACUACAACCUGAAAACAAACCAGACGGUGGUCAAGGGGAAACGAGUGUGUUUCACUGCAAACCUCAUCUCCCAGCGCUUCAAGCUCUCCUACGAGGGCGUCCUCAGCUUCAAGCGAUCGUUUGAGAACAGCGACCAGGUGAUGCUCUUCAAGGAAGGCGCUUACCAAAAGGACUUGGGAUACAGGCACGACAAGCUGGUGGACCCUUCGCUGGCACCAAUCUUCUCGUUGAUCGCGGAGGUGAUACAGCUGAGAGUGAGCUCCGGCUACACGUCCCGGAACUUGGUCGAGAUCAUCGCCCAAGGCUUGCAAGGAUUCAAGGUGAACUGGUCCGAGUAUAUGUUCCAGAACAUCCUCAAGGAGCUGCGGAGGAUGAAGCAGAAGGCGAACAACACUGUUGUCUUCGGUGCUGGCCCUCUCAUCACCCAUAUCUUCGAUGCCUUGCAAGACCAAGAGGUGAAUCCGGCGGAGCCUCUGGUCGUCAAGAGCCCCGUUCCGACCAUAGCUCCGGUUCCACGGAGUUAUGUCCUGGAGGUUGCUACUGCCAUUCCAUCAGCGAUCCAGACGUCAGCGGAAAGACCAGUGGCGAUUCCAAUCAGUACCUGCGAGAAGGUGGACGUGAAAUGUGCUCUCGACGCAAUCGACUUGAAUCCCUCGUCCGUCGUCACCAACGUCAGCUCUCCGAAGUUGGCCAGACCAGCCACUGCUCCGCUGUUCGCACCGACAGUAAAGAGCGCGUUUAGUGCACCAGUACCGCCGCCGCCAGCGCCGCCACCUCAGCUAUGUCCGCCACCAACGCCACCGCCUCCUUCUGAAAACUCCAUCGGCUCUCCAUUCACCAAGAUGUUCUACGGGAUAAAUCCCAAAGCAAAGAUCUCCUCUCUGCUCUCUGAAGCAACAAAAGCGUUGGGUGAGCUCUAUACCGAGGAGGAAGUGCAAAAGAGAGUGAACCAGAUGCUAAACGCGACGACUGGCCAGCUUAACUUUGAAAGGAUGAUAAGAGAACGCACCGAGGAAGAUCUCAAGGAAGCCAGAAAGCUCAGGGACCAGUACAAGACGGAGGUGACAAUCGCACACAUAAAGAUCACGCAGAUGGAGAAAUCCGAGAGCCAGAUGAAAGAAGCACUAGAAAAGAUUGAAAGAGUAAAAAAAGACUUAGAGGACGACAUCGAGAGCUACGGUUCCAUGGUGAUGGAGCACCAGGAAGGCCUGACCAAGCUUCAACAAGAAUGCGAGGCAGUAACGUCCAAGCUACACGCGGUAGAGGACAACUUCCAGGACAUAAAGAAGCAAGUCGAGGAUGCCAGGCUAAGGUUGACAGAGAAGAACGAGCUACUGCGAAGGGCUCGAGCCGAGGCUGCAGAAGCAAACAAACAGAAUCAGCAAUCUCAACGGGAACAAAUGGCCUUACAGCAGCAGCUGGAAGAUCUUCAGGGAGCCGUGACCCUGCUGCGAACGGAGAUAGCUGCAAAAGAAGUCCCUUACGACGAAGCUAUCUGGGAGAAAAUCAAAGAAACGGCCAGAAAACAUACUCAUGAGGAGUAUGCAAAGCUGGUAGACACGAUUGCUAAUCUGCAGGAACAGUUGGACAAGCACCAGGCACGGCAAACCGGAGACGAGAAUGACGAGGACUGA